ACUGAAGUUUUGAAAAAUCUGGAACAAAUAUACAUGAAAUAAAAUAAUACUUCUAAAUCUCAAAGCUAAAGGUUAACCUAAAAAAAGUUAAAUUUGCUAACAGAAUAAAGGUUAAAAUUUAUGAAACUGCUAUCUAAGUCUCUGUAUUAGACUUAAUAAUGCAUAUGGCCAGUAAUUUAAUUCGUAGUACUGCAACCAGAGGCCCUAACAUAAAAUAUUCUUCGCGAAUAACACGUAAUGUUACAAAAGUUGUAUCACAAUUACACAUUAAGCCGGUAAAUACUCGGCUGUUAUGGAAUGUUAGUGUAAAGGGACCCAGGAACUCCAGAUUAAGCAGUUUAAGCCCUGGUCAAUUCCAACAGUCAAUAAGCAUUAGGCAAUAUUCAACUGGUAAUAAGGAAGACACUGAAGAGGAAGUUAUAGGAGAUGUAAAAGAUGAGACUCCACUGUUCUCAAGUCAUUUGCCAGCGACAGUAGCGGUUCCUGAAGUCUGGCCACAAGUUCCUGUUAUUGCUAUAAACAGAAAUCCAGUCUUCCCAAGAUUUAUUAAGUUGAUUGAGAUAUCAAAUCCAGCGCUAAUUGAUUUAAUCAGACGUAAAGUAAAACUAAACCAGCCCUACAUAGGCAUAUUUCUCCGCAAAAAAGAGGAUGACAAAUCAGAUAUUGUAUCUAGCUUGGACGACUUGCAUGAUGUUGGAGUGUUUGCACAGAUACAUGAAAUGCAGGACAUGGAAUAUAAGCUACGGCUAGUUGUAAUGGCUCAUCGAAGAAUUAAGAUCACGGGACAGUUCAUUGAGGAUGAGAUUGAAACUGGACCUGCUGAAAUGAAGCUCAAAUUUCCGAUAUUUAACACGGAACUUAACGUAACCCGAGAAGAGACAGAUGCUGAACGAAGGAGACGCAAGUACAGGAACUCGAGGAAGAAGUCGGAGGCCGAAGUGAAGGAUGACGACGUCAAGGAAACAAAGAAAGCGACGCCGGACCAGGUGCUCAUGGUGAAAGUUGAGAACAUGGUACAUGAGAAGUUUAAACAAAAUGAAGAAGUGAAAGCCUUGACUCAGGAAGUUAUUAAGACUAUUCGGGAUAUUAUUAAUCUGAAUCCUUUGUAUAGGGAGUCUCUUCACCACAUGCUAGCCCAGGGUCAGCGCGUGGUUGACAAUCCGGUGUAUCUGAGUGACCUGGGCGCUGCGCUCACCGCCGCAGAGCCCAGUGACCUGCAGGCUGUGCUAGAAGAGAUGGAUAUACCCAAGCGCCUAUUGAUGUCCCUAUCACUGCUGAAGAAAGAAUACGAGCUGUCAAAGCUGCAGCAGAAGAUCGGCAAGGAGGUGGAGGAGAAAGUGAAGCAGCAGCAUAGGAAGUACAUACUGCAUGAGCAGCUCAAGGUAAGUUGA